UAAACGGAUGAGCUCAGACAAGCAGGCUGGCUGUUUCCACUCGUCGGUUUUUGCGGCUGAGCUUUUGAUUGGCUGAUUGUAUUAUUGUAUGCAAAUCUGGUCGGGGUUGCAGCCAGUAGGUGAAAGGCUCGCGCUGGUGUGGCUCUCGAGACCAGAAGCGCGAGGUGAAGCCGCUUUCUGUGGAGCUGUCCACUCCAGGAGGUGCUGAAACCAGGAUUUUCACGUCAACCGACAGUUGGAGGGAAUGCACUAACUCCGAGGACGCUUUACAGCAAAACCAAAACGGGAUUGGAUUUACUUCGCAGUCAACAUUAUUGCUCAAAACUCUAUCGGAAAUAUCUUUCUGGAUGACUUGUAGUUGGAUUCACAGGAGGGUAAUGAGAAGUUCCAAAACAUGGUGGCCAGCCGUCCUGCUCUGGGGAGCAGCGCUGAUCGCAGAGGCACGUCCAGGCAAAGAAGAAUUCAGCCCGCUGGCGUAUCGACCUCUCGUCAGAUUCCGUCACAAGGAUGGGAUCUCAGAGAGUUUACGGAUUAAAGGGUUUCCUGGUCAGAAUGGCUUUCCUGGGCCCUGUGAACAUAAGUACUGUGGUUUGGGGAAGCACUGUGUGGUUGAUCAUGAAACAGGUGAAGGAGAAUGUCAGUGUCUGGAUCGCUGCAAACCACAUUACAAACCUGUGUGUGGAUCUGACGGCAAACUCUACCAGAACCACUGUGAGCUUCACAAAGCUUCCUGUAUGGCCCAUCAGAGAAUAACCAUCAUGCACAGCGAGGAAUGCUUCUACAAAGAUGAUAACUGUCGUCUGGGAGAUUAUAAAAAAUUGAAGACCAAGAUGUUGGACUUACACGCUCAGAGGUACUUGACCUCUGGUAACCAUGGCAGCCACGAGAAGGAUAUGGCAAGUAGGAAGCAUCUGGUGGACAUGAUGUUCAAGCGCUUCGACGCAGAUGGGAGCGGAAGAGUUGACAGCAGUGAGCUCUCACAGGUCAUCAAGCAGGAAGGUCUGAGCAGGACGGUAUCAGAGUGCACCCUGUUCGACCUGUUCAAAUUUAACGACGUCACCGGUGACGAACACCUAACUAGAGAGGAGUUCUACGCAGCUUUUGAGGUCUAUCAGCUAAGCCUUCCCGAAGAUCAAAAGCUGAGCGUCACCACGGUAACGGUGGGUCAGAGCGCUGUUCUCACGUGUGCCAUCACUGGAGACCAGCUGCCGCCAAUCAUCUGGAGACGCAACAACCAUGCCCUCAACAUGCUAGAGCUGAAGGACAUUAACGAUUUCGGCGAUGAUGGAUCAUUGUACAUUACCAAAGUGACCACUACACAUAUGGGCAACUACACCUGCAAUGCAGACGGCUACGAACAGCUAUUCCAAACACACAUCCUGCAGGUUAAUGUGCCCCCUGUUAUCCGGGUGUAUCCAGAGAGCCAGGCGCGUGAGCCGGGGGUCACGGCCAGUCUGCGGUGCUACGCUGAAGGCAUUCCCAACCCACAACUCUCAUGGCUGAAGAACGGCAUGGACAUAACCACAAAACUCUCCAAACAACUCACACUUCAGGCUAACGGGAGCGAGGUGCACAUCAGUAAUGUUCACUUUGAGGACACCGGCGCCUAUACCUGCAUUGCGCGUAACGAGGCGGGUGUGGACGAGGACAUCUCCUCUCUGUUCGUGGAGGACUCCGCAAGGAAAACGUUAGCAAACAUCCUGUGGAGAGAGGAAGGAUUGGGGAUUGGAAACAUGUUCUAUGUGUUUUAUGAGGACGGUAUUAAAGUCAUCCAGCCAGUGGCCUGUGAGAUUCAGAGACACAUCAAACCCAGCGAGAAGCUUCUUGGCCUACAGGAGGAGGUUUGUCCACAAGUGGAGGGAGAGAAGGAUCAGAAAUGUAUGUGGACAUCAGCUGUCAAUGUGAAGGACAAGUUCAUUUACGCCACACAGCCGUUGUUGAAUAGGCUGCUCAUUGUCGACAUCCAAUCCCAGAAGGCCGUUCAGACUGUAAGCACAGACCGGGUUCCAGUGAAGCUCCACUAUGACAAGUCUCAUGACCAGGUGUGGAUCUUGAGCUGGGGAGAUCUGGAGAAAAACUUCCCCACCCUCCAGGUGAUCAGCCAGGCCAGCGAGAGUGUGUCCCAUCACACCAUUCACACCAAACCAGUUGGCCACCGCUUCGACCGGGUGGAGGAUUUCUUCAUUCCUCCCAUCAGCCUCACCAUCAAUCACAUCAGGUUUGGUGUCAUCCUCCACAAGAAUGAACCAUCUCUUCAUAAGAUCGACUUGGAAACCACCUCCUCUGUGAAAAACAUUAGUCUGCAGCAGUACGAUUGCAUCCCACAAUCCCUCGCCUACACACACCUGGGUGGAUACUACUUCGUCAACUGUUGGCCGGACUCAACGGGUGCGGUACGGCCACAAUUAAUCAUCGAUAGCGUAACAGACGAAGUCAUCGGUCCUAAUGGGGACGUGAGCGGCACGCCUUAUGUCUCUCCUGAUGGCCACUAUUUAGUGAGUGUAGAUGACCGUGACGGGCUAAUGCGCUUGCAGCCCGUGUCCGUGCGGGGCGAGAUCGGCCAACCCUUUGACAUUCACACCAACCUGCACCUGUCCGAUCUGGCCUUCAUGCCCUCGUUCACCGAGGAUAACCAGUAUAACGUGUUCGGCAGCUCGGGCCGGCAGACAGAUGCUCUUUUUGUGGAGCUCAGCACCGGUAACGUCAAAAUGAUCAAGAGCCUAAAGCUGCCCACGGCAUCGGCGCAGUGGCCUUGGAACCGCCAGAACAGGGUCAUGACUGGCAGCGGGCUAUUCGGACAGUAUCUCAUGACCCCGUCUCAAAGCUCCCUGUUUAUACUGGAUGGGCGGCUGGAUAAACUCAACUGUGAGAUCACUGAUGUUCCACUGGGAAAUACUGUGGUGUGGGUGGGAGAGGCGUAGGCCGUCUUAAAGGGGCUUGAGAGGGAAACAAACAAACAGGUCUGAAUUCGGUCUCUGUUUAAUUCUCAAAGUUUGGAACAAAAAUAAAUAAAUUGACUGUUCGAACCCCUGCAUUGUAAAAGAGAACUUGGGAAAUGCUUGUUUUCGAUAAGUUAGCCAGGUUUUCGAGUCAAAUAGCUAAUAAGUAGUUUCUCCAAAAAUAUUAGGUGGUGUCUAACUAGCAUUGGUAUCACUUCGUUUGAAGGUGAGAAUAGUUCAACUGAUCAAAUGGAUCAGCUCAGCUGAUGCGGACCCAUCUUUUAAGAAUAAUACUUCCUCAUUUUCCCGCUAUCACUUAAUACAUACACAAAGCCCACUCGGCCCAUUUUUUCCAGUGCCUUGAGGGAACUCUCACUAAAAAAGAAAGCAAACAUAAUAAUUCCCCCCCGAGCCUGUGGAUUAAAUCAUCCUUGGCUUUCUCACACAGAGAGUGAAAACGAAUUCUACACUUAAAUUUCACCUGUUUAUAACUCCCACAGACCCCGAGGCAUAUCUGGCUUAUUAAAACAGCAUCGUGCUGAGAAACUGUCACCCACUGUGGAUAUUGAGAUAUCGGUAAUGAUGUGUUUGACAACUGUAAAUCUUCAUGAAAAGUUGGGGCGUUAGAAUGAAGACAGAGAAUUGUGUGAAGUCUUUGUGUUGAAGCCCCAAUUAAAACCUACAUGGAAACCAACACUGGUUAGAUCAGUGAACAAAUGAGAAUGAGUCUGUUAUACAAUAGAAACCAUAAAAUACAUAGGAACGGGUUUGAUCCUGUAUAAUCUUAGUAAGAGAUGAUGUAGAGUUUCAAGGGCACAUAAAGAAUCAAGUUUUAGUUGACUCAGCAGUCACAGCCACUGCCAUAGAGUCUGCUUUCAGUAACUGGUGCAUUGUUUGGUGUGAUGUUAGACAUAAUUUAUGCAUUGCAAGGGUUAUAUAGCUGGGAAACAUUUAUUUAAGAGUUUGAGUCACAAUGCUACAAGAGCACCAACAAAGGAAUCUUUUAGUGUCAUUAGGAAGCACAAGUGUGUGCUCACGACGUUGAAUCGUUUCCUCAAUGGACAGUCUAUGCAUUUUCAUUGACACGCCAGCCAAUGGGCUGCAUGAAUUGAGCUUUCCCCCCCCCCCCCCCAAAUUAGUAACAUUUGUUUUCAUGUUUUAGUUUAGAUUUUGUAUAUUUUGUUAAAAUGUAUAUGAAAUGGCUUUUUAUCGACUGUAUUUUCCUUAUCCCCGGAGUAACCAUGACUGUUUUGUUUUUCAGUGACUUUUACUUGUGUUCUGUAAAUAGCAGGUUGGUCUACACUCACAUGCAAAACUAUAGCUAGUCGAAAUCAUCCUCAAACGGUUCAGGUUGAUUUGUUUCCCCUCGCUUAUUUUUAAGACAAAAGAAAUGCACUGUCUUUGUUCCACAAAUGACCAAUUACAUUGUGAUGUCACAUCCAGAGAUUGCAUAAGCUCCAUGUAGCCAUGUACGUUGAUUCUUGUGGUUGUUAUUUAUGUAGAAACAUGCUUGACAUUUUGGCAGUUAAAUAAAGCCUAUAACUUUGAAAA